UAAUGACUCCUUUUACAAACAUCAAAGUCUGCUAAUCAUGUUUGGGUUGUCGUGGCAACUGCAGAGCAUAAAAAGCCAGGAGCAUCAGGUGAAGAGAGAGGCUUCUCUGUCCUGCUCCUCAGCUCAGUGCACUCUUUACCCGUGUUUGCAGCAAGCUGAGAGUCCUUUGCUACACUAUGCUGAAGCUCUCCGAGAAGUCGGACUCUAAAACAGAUACAAAAAUCCUUUUGGAUGCCAUUUCCAAGGACAAGAUCCACCUAGCUAGAUUUAUCCUGGAUGCUCUGGAUGGAAAAAUUGUUGACUCAAAGACUGAGGGUGCUCACACCCCUCUCAUCUCCUCUGUGUUCCUCCCGGAUUCACAUGCCAGGUCUAAGUUCAUGAACCUCCUUUUGCAAAGGGGUGCCAAUGUGAACCAGCAGGACGAGACUGGGCGCACGGCACUCAGCUAUGCUUGUGAGAAGGGCUACCUGGAUGCUGUGAAGAUGCUGGUGAGGAACAACGCUGACCCUGAGAUGGCAGAUGCCUGGGGAAACACGGCCCUGAUGUAUGCAGCCGUUGCAGGCCAUUCCCUCGUUGUGGAGUUCUUGGUCAGGGCUUUCAAGAGGCUAGGUAUCCAAAUAGACCGGCCCAACAAGGUAGGCAACUCCGCAGUGGAGGUAGCCAAGUAUCUUGGCCACACAAAGUGUCUUUCUGCACUCAUGUGCAGCUCCAGAAAAAUUUAUGAACGUAGUGACACUCUAAGUGGAAGACUGGAAAAUACCAGUGAAGAUAGUGAAGAAAGCAAGAAAACAUCUGAACGAAGGGACGCCGGUCAAGUAAUCCUGCGCAGCAAAAUCUUGGUCAAGGAUUCGAUGCAGCUCCCGCUGGGCUUGGGCCCAAAGAGAUCUUUAAUUUUACAGGGCAGAAUGAAGUCUAUGGACUCAAUUGAGGAGCUAGAGAGGGAAAGUGACAGUCUACCACCUUCUCCACGAGGCUUCUUAUUCUCCAGGGUCCUCACCCCAAAACCCCCUCAGAGGUCCCAAUUUGGCCUAACGCCAAAGAAAGGCACAAGUCAGCACUUGCCUUCAUUAUCUAGGGAUGCAGAGCAUCACCCUUCGCUGUUAUAUUUGCCAGGAAUGGCAAAGGAUGUGUCCAGAAGCUUGACACCCCAGAUCCCUCCAGAUGGUCCCCUGUCCGGUCCACUUGGUAUCCUGCUGACUCCCAUCAGGAAGGCCAACAAAGAAGAACAUAAUGGAGACAGGUCAAAUAAUACCCCCUGUGAUUUUAGUAUUAGGCGAUUUGAUGACCGCUAUUACCAGAAGCGGUGCAGCCUGCCCACAAGUGCUUUAGGUCCAGCACGUCUGGAGCAUGCCCCCAAACCGCUGCACAAGAGCAGGACUGGCUUGAAGCUAAACGAGACUGAACUCCGGGGCAUCCCAACGGCACUGCAGGCACGUACCCCUGCGUUUUCGGUCCUGGGCAGCAGACUGCUCAGGCGCUUCACAUUCCCGGAGCUGAAUAGGAAUGGCAAGGAGGCUGUUCAUGGGGUCGGUGGGUCACAGGACCUACAUGGACACAGGCAGUGUGGAACAGGUGUGCAGGGAAUGCCUAGGUCAGAGACUUUCCCCUUGGAGCAGAAGCACCCCCAGGUGGGCAGCAAGCCGAGCGUAGACAGCAUCAGUGCAGUAAAGUGCGAGUUUGACUUUCAGCCCAAAGUGGCAUCGACUGCCUCGAGCCACUGAGUGUGUGCUGCCGUUUGCAGAUGAGGAGCAAGAGAGGAAAGACUGGACAGGCAGGACUCAGGUAUUCUUGCACCCUUCUGUGGUGUUGUAGUGACGUGAAAAUGAUUUUUUAUACACUUCACAUUUCGUUACAUGAUGUAUGGCAAUGAUUAUUAAAGCGUAGCGUUCCUUUCUUUCCUGUGUUGUUUAACUUCUCAAAGCAAAAAUAUUGUUUGUCCUUUGUCAAAAACAACACUGUUUUUGCAAGCACACCUUUUACUUGACUUUCCUUGAGUAAGAUUUUGUUUAGCAUCAAUUUAUAUUACCUGCCGCCUAUAUUUAUGUCGAUUGUUGCAUUAUUUUAACCAUUAAUAUUGAUGUUUACUGUUUAAUUAGCAGAGCUAUCAUGUAUCAGGCUACUACUUGUAUGGCUAAACUAACCACAGUUUUCUGGGUAGCGUCAGUCUGGCUCUGCUUCAGCAUAAAGCAUAAAAUGAUUUCUUAGGGCUUGUCCUGCACACGACUACACAACUUUCCAGUUAUCUGAUCAAACAACAUCCAGUUAUUUUCUGGGUUCCAUGAUUUGUUUUUAUUUAGAAUAUUAAUUUAAUGUGUUUUAUUUUUAAGAAGUACAAUUAAAAAAAACAAACAUUAUUUUUGAUUAGAUUCCAUAGGCAAUGACGAGCAUAGACUUGUGAGGACAUGAUAUCCUUGUGUUUUUGUAGUUGGGGACAGGCCCAAAUGUGGAAGUCUUAGCUGUUUUUCUGUAUGGGGAUAAAUGAAUUGGAUUUCAAAUUACCUAUCGUGCCAAAUAUUAAACAGAAAUACUCCAAAGCCAAGAAGUUUUGUCAGAUUCAUUUCCAGCUAUACGUGAUAAGCUCUCUCUUA